AUGGAUGCCACAAUGUUUCAGCUGAGGUCGUUUGUUCACCAGCGGCUGUACGCAGCGGCAGAGGAGAUCCUCGGAGAGGUGGAGAAGACCAUAACGUUAGCGCUGUACGAAGCCGAAGUUAGUCGAUCUAAAGAGGAGGUCGAAAGUCUGCGACACCAGCUGGGCCUUUUGCGAAAGAAAUCAGCUGCAGAGCCUCCAUUGACCAGCAGCACCGCAGAACAUGAAGACCAAUGUGACACCCCACUGCUGCGAGAAAAUCCAGGACCCUCAACUCCAGAAGAAUCUAACUUCAGUCUGAAUGCUGAGUUACCAGGACCCUCACAAACCAGCGCGAACCUGGACAACAAUAACUGGAACUACUGCAUGGUUGAGACAGACUUCAAGAUGUCAGAGAUAAAAGAGGAGGAAGUUGAAGAUGAGAAUCAGACACAGGAGAUUGUUUUUCCUUCCCCUGAAAUUGUGAAAAGUGAGCCAGAGACGCAGGUAUCAUCUGAAAUGGAGCCCCUUUCUUUAGACUGCUCUGCAGCUCAGAGUGAGAACAAUGACAGUGAUGAGGAGUUGGUGAACAGCAAAGGAGAGCAGACCAAAAUGAUGAACAGGGAAGAAAAGAUGUUGCAAGGACAAAGUGGCAAUGAUGAUAAGAAGGACGACGCAGUAUUGCCUUCUGCUAAAGGUCAAAAGGAUCGCAGUUUUUGCCAUUUAUGCGGCAAGGGAUUUCAGUACAUCGGCUCCUUGAUGAAGCACAUAAAAACACAUGAGAGCAAAACUGAUUGCACUGUUUGUGGGAUGACACACCAGUCUACUAAAGAGUUGGUCACUCAUUUGAAGGGUUGUCACAACAAAGCAUAUUUUUGUGACAUUUGUGGCAAGACUUUUGCCAGUAAUCGUUGUCUCCGGCUGCACGAAAGAAUACACACGGGUAUAAAAGAGUUUGCUUGUCAAGAGUGUGGCAAAACAUUUUACCGGAGAGAGCAUCUCAUUGUCCAUGUGAGGACCCAUUCUGGGGAGAAACCGUAUCACUGUGAUAUCUGUGGAAAAGCAUUCAGUCAAAGUCAGAACCUCACAAUUCAUAAAAGAAGUCAUUCAGGGGAGAGACCAUAUCAUUGUGGCAUGUGUGGCAAACUUUUUAACACUAGCAGUCACCUCAAAACACACAUGAGAUACCAUUCGGGAGAAAAACCGUACCCGUGUGAUAUCUGUGGGAAACGUUUUCGCCAAAGUGGACAGAUGACGAGACAUAGAACCACACAUACAGGAGAGAGGCCAUAUGCCUGUCAUGUUUGUGGCAUGAGAUACAGGUUUGCACCUAAUCUGAAGGUGCACCUACAAACUCAUGAAAAGGCGGCCGCUGAGUGAAAACAGUUAAAUGAACCAGACAGACCAUCUCACAGAUUGAGGGUGAGUUCACAGGAAAGGUUUACAUGCAUAUACCAUGCAUGACUCACCUGUUGGCCAUUUUUGAGUUUAUAUACAAAUCAUAUAUACUUACAGUACAUUACUGCCAGACGUGUCCGAAAGCAAACCAUAAGUUGUUAAACUUAGAGAUAUUUGAGGUAAGUCAUGUCACCAUGAACAUUUAGUCAACUUUUUUCUAUCUGAAGAUUGAAGUUGGGCAGAGCUGUCAUGGAAAUUAGCUGAGUCUUAUCGGGCAAAAUAAGUAAAAACACCUGUAUGGGUGUCCCCGUGGGUGUGCAAGGCUUUGUCCGGUGCAACACCAGUGUUGGUAUUCUGGAGCUUUAACUGUUUGAACAUAGCAAUAUGAAGAGAUUCAUGAGCUAAUAGCCAUGUUAGCAAAAAAAUGUGACUGACAAAUUUUCAGUUUGCUUUAUAGAGCAGUACAUAUUAUCGCUAAGGUUAUUUACAAUUGAUUGUGACCAUGCUUUAAUCAUUUUUACUUGCAUACAUUCAUUUGGCUUUUUUUUGUCUUAUAUCUUA